CGCCACCUAAAACCCAGAAAGAAAACCCACACUUUGACUCCCAGUCCCAGUCCCAGAGCCAGAAGCAAGAACCCCAUUCAGUUCUCAGCAAAAGAAACAUGACUCCGAAUCCUGCAGCUCUCACUCGGAAAUCCGCUUUGUUGUACCGUUUAGUGGAUUAUGCUCGGAGACCUGUUUCGUCAUACUCUGGUUCCCAUGCUCGGCUCUUUACCAAACCAAUUCAGAUAAGAAGAUUUGAGGGCUUUUCUUCGGGUUGUUCUAAUUCAUAUUCUCUGAAUUCUAGUCAUGGAGCUCGAUUUAAUGAUGUGGGUGCUUUCAAAAUGGGACGGGAGCAAUUGGGUUUGGAUUCUUUCCGCGUUUCUGCAGUAUCGGGUGGUGGGUCGGGGGGAACUGGUGGGUUUAGAGGCUCUGGUGGUGGGAAUUCUGGGGAUGGAAGCGAAGGUGCUGAUGGCAGCGGUGGAAGAAGAUGGUCCUUUCUUUCAUGGUAUCUGGAUCUUCUAGCAAAGUAUCCUGUACUGACGAAAGCCAUAACGUCUGCACUUUUGACUUUGAUUGGGGAUCUGAUUUGCCAGCUUGCCAUUGAUCAAGUGCCAUCACUAGAUGUCAAAAGGACGUUCUUGUUUACUCUUCUGGGAAUGGUACUGGUUGGACCAACAUUGCAUUUCUGGUAUUUGUACCUCAGUAAAUUGGUAACGUUGCCUGGAGCAUCAGGUGCUUUUCUGCGCCUUGUGCUGGAUCAGUUCAUCUUCAGUCCUAUAUUCAUUGGAGUUUUCCUAUCCACGUUGAUGACUCUAGAGGGGAAACCAGAACAAGUCAUGCCCAAACUUGAACAGGAAUGGUUUUCAGCUGUUCUCGCAAACUGGCAGCUUUGGAUCCCCUUCCAGUUUCUCAACUUCCGUUACGUCCCUCAGCAAUUCCAGGUCCUAGCUGCCAAUUUUAUUGCUUUGAUUUGGAAUGUAAUUCUCUCAUUCAAAGCUCACAAGGAGGUCCUUCCCAAGUAGACACGCUUUAGCUAAUUUUACCCUCAGAAUUUCCAUUUUGUUUAUGUUACAAUGGAGUCCAUGUUUAUUAUUAUCCAAACCGUUCUGAUUCAUGGAAUUGAUCAAACAAUCCCUCUAGAUGGUUCCUUGUGAUUUGAUGAGAUUGACAUUUUAUAUUACCAAAUUGAAAAGAAAUUUUUAGGCCAAUU